AUGCGGCAGGAAAUCCGUCUUGUGCUUGCUGGGGACAGUGGUGUGGGAAAAUCGACUCUUGUGACAUCUCUUAUCAAGGAAAUAUUUGUGGAUGACGUGCAGCCGGUUGUACCGGAGAUUACAUUACCACUGGACGUCUCCCCCGAAGGCGUGCUGACGAAAAUUGUCGAUACGUGUGCUGCGGGGGACUUUCAUGAGCGUUUUGAGACAGAGCUUCGCAGGGCAAACGUGAUUGCGUUGGUGUACUCUGUGAUGGACACGGAUUCGUUUGAGCGCAUUCCAUCCUACUGGCUUCCCUAUAUCCGUUCCCUUGGCAUCAAUGUGCCAGUAAUCCUUGUGGGCAACAAGGUGGACCUGCGUUCGAAUGAUCUUGCCAAUGAGGAGCUGGAGGAAGAGAUUGCGCCUGUAAUGUCUGAUUUCAAAGAGGUUGAGACGUGCAUUGAGUGCAGCGCGAAACAGCUGCUCAAUGUCAGCGAAGUCUUUUUUUACGCCCAAAAAGCAGUGUUGUACCCCACAGCGCCAUUGUACGAUUCGCGCUUACAUGUUCUUAAGCCCGCAUGUGUGGAUGCAUUACAUACCAUAUUCCAGCUUUGCGAUACUGACAAAGACGGCGUGUUGUCCGACGUGGAGCUGAACGAGUUUCAACGCCUGUGUUUCAAGGCCCCUCUUCAGCUCGAGGAACUGGAGGGAAUUCGUGCCCUGGUGUCCGAUGGCACAAGUGGCCUGGACGGCGACCCAGCAUUGCGGGACGGCGCGCUGACGCUUGCUGGCUUUUUGUAUCUGCACACGCUCUUCAUUCAGCGCGGUCGUUUAGAAACCACAUGGACCGUAUUGUGGACGUUUGGGUACGGCAUGGACCUAACUCUCACCAACGCUUACGUGUAUCCGCACUUUGUCAUUCCUCCAGGGUGUGCUGCGGAGCUUUCUCCGAAUGGAUACCAGUUCCUAACCGAGGUAUUUAAAGCGCACGACAAGGACCACGACGGUGCGCUGAGCGCAACGGAACUGGCCGCCCUCUUUGCCACUGCACCCGGCAAAAAUCAUCCUUGGGGCGCGAAUUUUCCUGCAAGCACAGAGACAGACGAGGCUGGGGCUGUGACGCUCCAGGGCUGGCUUGCACAAUGGAGUAUGACGACGCUGCUCGAGCAUCGUACCACGCUCGCCUACUUGGCGUACCUUGGCUACCCACUCUUUGCAAACCCCUUUUCUAACACAAGCUUGCCAGGAAGCGGCACCGUCUCGCCACACGGCGCGAACAUGGGGAUGUACACGAGUGCAUCCCCUACUUCUUAUGCAUGGAUGGACGGUACUGCCGUCUCUACACGUCCGCGCCAAGAUGAACGACUCACGCCUGCAACCACCGCGCUAAAACUUGUGCGGCCCCGUAAGGCAGCUGACCGGAAAAAGAGCGGUGCGGACCGGUGCAAUGUCUUUUUGGCGCUUGUGCUUGGUGCGCCGGGCAGCGGAAAAACUGCACUGCUCUGCAGUCUGCUCGGUAAACCAUUCCAGACCAAGUACACGCCCACAAACAAGCUCUUCCGCGCCGUCAAUGCCGUGGAGGAGGGCGGUGCCGAGCAGUACCUUGUGCUACAGGAGUACGGGUCGCACCAGGAAGCAGAAGCACUGCGCAGUCCGUCCAAGCUCGCGAAUGUGAGCGCGAUCGUGUACGUGUACGACUCGAGUGAUACCAAUUCUUUUUCCUACAUUACCAAUUUGCGGCAGCAAUUUCCGCACCUGUCCACACUACCAUCCCUGUUUGUAGCCACCAAGGCAGACUUGGACCUCGUGCAGCAGCGCCAUGAAGUGCAGCCAGAUGUGUACUGCAGAAAACUCGGUCUGCGUAUUCCACACCUUGGCGCGGGGCCGCUAAAUGUGAGUGUGCGACAGCACCAGGUGGCAGGGCUCUACAGCUUGCUCCUGUCCAUUGCUGCGAAUCCGCGCGGGGCUGUGCCGCAGCAUAGCAGUUCGCUGAGCUACGCGCGUAUGCGGUGGAAGAUGGCUGCGUACGUCUUUCUCGCCUUGUUUGGCGCGACUGGCACGGCGUGGGCAGUGCUGCGCAUCUUUUUUUCGCGGGGGCCUUCUUUAGCAAGCCUGGCGAGCGCAAAGGCUGGCAGCUGGUUUGCGCCAUUGUGGGGCGGCGCUGCGCGUAGCGAACUCUGA